AUGGAGGUGUCAAAGAAUUAUGGCCAUCAACAUCCCCUUGUGUUGUUGAACGAAGAGCAGCUCAUGACCAAUCAAAGUGGAACAAUACUAGCUGACUGCUCCAGGUGUGGGGAGAAGGUGCCUGCUCCAUGGUUUGGUUGUGCCGAGGACUGUGGGUUUUACCUUCACAAGGUAUGUGCCGGCGCACCCUUAGAGCUUAAUCACCCUUUCCAUCAGGAUCACCUUCUUGCUCUUGUGCAAAAUCCAACUUAUUUAUGGAAAUGCGAUUUCUGCGAUAAAGAGGGUGAGAAGUUCGUUUAUCAUUGCUCUUGUGGUUUGAACUUUCAUAUUAAAUGUGCUUUGUUUACAUUCAAUAUUGCUCAAAAUAUGUUGAAAGAGCUUGAGCAUGUUGCCCUUGAUCCCCCAAAGAUUUCCACUAGAAAAGAGGAUAAAGAACUCGAAGAUGUUAGAAAGUGCUUUGUGUGUUGGGAACCAUUAGCAAAUUAUGAAUACUUCUCACCUAAUUGUGGGUUUAAUUUACACAAGAAAUGUGCUGAGCUUCCUCUCCAAAUGAAUCAUAUGUUCCAUCACAAACAUCCUCUUGUUCUGCAAUUUAACAGCCAACGGCUCUCCUGCAAGAUAUACCAAGAUACCUUUAUCGACGGAUUUGUUUACGGUUGUAGGCCUUCUUGGCACAAAUGCGAUGGACAUUCUCUCAAACUCACCGACCAUCAUGAUAAUAAUUAUUCAGAAAGUCAUUAUUGUGACAUUUGCGAAGAAAGUCGAGAUCCAAAUCGUUGGUUCUAUUGUUGUACAACAUGUGAUACUUCUGCUCAUGUUGAUUAUGUUCUUGGAAGACUUCCAUCCAUCAAACUCGGGAACAUCUACGAAGGAGAGGAUCAUCCACACUCACUCAGCUUUGUCAAGAAGAGCUACUACUACCCUGAUUGUGAUGAAUGUGGCAAGCCUUGUGAAGAUUUGGCUCUUGAAUGCACGAAGUCCGAAUGCAAUUAUAUUGGCAACUGGGAAUGUGUAGCACCUAAUCAUCUACGGUGGCAGUCGACCGUAGCAAUGUAG